AUGGAGAGAAUCGACGUUCAUGCUCACUGUCUCCCACCCAUCUAUCGAGAGUGUUGCCUCCAGAAUGAGUUUGCGGGAAAAGGUCACCCAGAUGGAAUGCCAGCAGUCCCGGAGUGGGAUGUAGAAGCACAUAUUGCGACAAUGAAAGACAUCGGCAUCACGAAAUCUAUCCUCAGCACGUCGUCGCCUGGCACUCAUAUGUUUCCCGGCGACAACCAGCAAGCCCGGGUCCUCACUCGACAGGUUAAUACAUAUAUGUCCACAGUCUGUGCCGAACACAAGGAACAUUUUCUGUUCUUCGCGUCUCUUCCGCUUCCAGAUGUCCACGGCGCCCUAAUUGAAAUUGAUUAUGCCCUUGACCGGUUGGGUGCUGUGGGAUUCCAAAUACUCACCAACUCGCAUGGCAUUUACCCCGGAGAUCCACGGUUCAGUCAAGUUUUCGACAAGCUGAGCGAACGCAAUGCUAUUGUCUUCUUCCAUCCGACAAGUUGCCACCUUCAAAAUGCAGAGAACGGAGCGGUCGAGCGAGUGAACCCCCUGCCUGGAGUCCCAAGUCCACUCAUGGAAUUCAUGUUUGACACCACGCGGGCUCUCACGAGUCUUUUUACAUCUGGGACCGUCACCCGAUGCCCAGGCAUUACGUUCAUAGUUUGCCAUGGCGGUGCAACCUUUCCCCCAAUCGUAGCUCGGAUUGCCGAAUUCUCCCAUCUUCUUAUGGAGUCAGGAGUUCCAAUUAGCGUCGAUGACAUCAAACAGCUCCUACAGAAUCGCUUUUAUAUUGACCUCGCUGGUGUCCCAUUUCCAGAUCAGAUUCAUGGUCUCCUUCGACAUGUCGACUCCUCUAGAUUACUAUACGGGAGCGACUAUCCAUUCACAUCGGCGCCCAUUGCAGCAUCUCUGGCGAAGAGAUUGGAUGAGGGGCUGGAGACUCAAUUUGGACCGGAAAUAAGAAAGCAGGUUCUAAAGACGAAUGCUGAAGACCUGCUCUCCAAAUUCUGA